GCAUUAACUUGCUAAACAAAACCUCACUGUUUAGUCUUCAAAGGCAAAUAAGUAACAGCUGACAGGAAAAUAUGUUGUGACAGUUUUCAAAUACUGUACAGCCUUAACAUCUGUUUCGAGCAAUGCAAAAUCCCCGCUGGUCAACAACAGACAGAUAAGGUAAACAGGGCUGUAUGCUCUGCUGUGUGAGGACCACUGGAAGAACAGGUAAACUGUUUUCUGCUGGAAAUGGGUGGAUCCCUCCUUUGUGGCAACAUCAUGUGAGUGAUUCGGAGUCAUCAGACAAACUUCCGUUUGUUGAAGAGGACAGACGCUGCUGCAGUAGGCUACUCCAGAAGAAAAAAGCUUUUCAGAGCAGCCACGAUGAAUACAGCUUGAAGUACAUGAGCAACCUUAUGGGCAGUAGGAGACAGAAAUCAAUAGAUGAUGGAGAGCGGAGUCUCAUUGGGCCUCCAUCUGGGGACUCUGCCUCCGGUGGGGACCUCCUGGACAAAGUUCCUUCCACGCCGGGCUUCAUCUAUGUGCUGGUGUUUUUCUCUGCCCUGGGAGGAUUUCUCUUCGGGUACGACACUGGCGUGGUGUCCGGAGCUAUGCUGCUCCUGAAGAAGGAGAUGAAACUGAGCAAUCUGUGGCAGGAGCUGCUCGUCUCCAGUACUGUUGGGGCUGCAGCACUCUCCGCCAUAAGUGGAGGCUUCUUGAACGGGUGGCUGGGGCGCAAGGUCUGCAUCCUUUUGGCCAGUUUCAUCUUCAGCACCGGUGGCAUCAUCUUGAGUUUGGCCCCGGACAAGGUGGUCCUUCUUGUGGGCAGAAUCGUAGUCGGCUUGGGUAUAGGCAUAGCCUCUAUGACAGUUCCUGUAUACAUUGCCGAAGUUUCCCCCUCUCACCAGAGAGGUCAGCUGGUCACUAUCAACUCCCUCUUCAUCACCGGUGGCCAGUUAAUUGCCAGUGUCAUUGAUGGAGCUUUAAGCUACAUGAGCCACGACGGCUGGAGGUACAUGUUAGGUCUGUCCGUUGUCCCAGCAGUGCUGCAGUUUGUCGGCUUUUUCUUCCUGCCGGAGAGCCCCCGCUGGCUUCUCCAAAAGGGCCGGGGCCAGGAGGCCCGUCGAGUUCUCAGCCAGAUAAGAGGAGGCCAGAACAUUGAUGAGGAGUAUGACACCAUCAGAACCAGCAUUGAGGAAGAGGAGAAAGAAGCGAGUGGAGGCCUUGUUAUUCUGCGGAUCCUUCGCCACGGUCCGACUCGCAGGGCUCUCAUCGUUGGCUGUGGCCUGCAGAUGUUUCAGCAGCUGUCUGGAAUAAACACUGUCAUGUACUACAGUGCAACCAUCCUGCAGAUGGCGGGGGUGCGGGAUGAUAAUCAGGCAAUCUGGUUGGCUGCUGCAACUGCUGCUACCAACUUUGUGUUCACCUUGGUUGGAGUCUGGCUUGUGGAGAGAGUGGGCCGCAGGAAGCUGACCCUGGGCAGUCUUUUAGGUACUGGUCUCAGCCUGACUUUGUUGGCAGUCGGGUUUUUGCUGUCUGCCCAGAAUUCUCCGCCCGUUACCCUCCACCCAGUCGACUCUCAGAACUCAUCCUGCAGGCUAUAUGGGUCAUGUGAAUCCUGCAUGUUGGAUUCGGACUGUGGAUUUUGUUUUUGUGAAAACGGCACCAGAGUGUACGACUCCUCCUGUGUCCCUGUCAGCCCAGCGUCCGCAGAUCACGCCGCCUGGGGAAGUUGUUCCAACCAGACAGACCCAACUGACAGCCCGAUCUGGGCCUACAACUACUGUCCAACAUCCUACUCCUGGAUCGUCCUGUUGGGCCUCAUUCUCUAUCUUGCAUUCUUUGCUCCAGGUAUGGGCCCCAUGCCUUGGACAGUGAACUCCGAGAUCUACCCACUGUGGGCCCGCAGCACCGGCAACGCCUGUUCAUCCGGGGUCAACUGGAUCUUCAACGUCCUGGUGUCUCUGACCUUCCUUCACCUCGCUGAGUUCCUGACCUAUUAUGGGGCGUUCUUCAUGUACGCAGGGCUGGUGGUGUUGGGUCUCCUCUUCGUCCAGGGCUGCCUCCCAGAGACCCAGGGUCUGCAGCUGGAGGACAUCGAGAACCUGUUCGCUGGUCAGCUCUGCUCCUGUGGCGCCUCCUCAGCCAAUGGCCAUGUCCAUUACAUUCGGGUAAAAGGCAGCAACUACCUCCCCUCUGAAAGCGAUGCCUCAGAAGUAGAGUAGACUGGGAAGAUUUUGUUUCUCCGCUCUGUCCUUUGGUUUGCUCAUGUGGGGAGGAAAGGUAAUCCUGUUGCCCUCUGGUGGCUGCAAUCAAACACAAGCAUACAAGGCUUGAGCUCUCCAUUGAUUGACUUUGACUGGCACGUUCCCCUCAUCAGUAAUCUCUGUCUUUGUUUUAACUGGGAGUUGGUCUGCUUUGGAUUUUUUUCUUUUGUGCAUUCUUCUUGCCAUCAUUCCCUUUGUCAUCAAAGCAAACAUUGGAGCAAGACUUUCCAGGAUUAGGGUGAGCAGGAUUCUUUAGAGCAGUGUUGCUGGGGUAAUGAAUAUCCCAGGAAAGCUAUAGUAUGUAAUAACCAAAAAAUGAUGUCCCAAACCUGAAACUGAUACAUAAUUACCAUAUGUAUUUUAUUUUAUCUGUAUUAUUUACUUCAUUUUAAAGAUGCACUUUGGGGAAUGAUUUUGGUUUUCCUAGCAAGUAGCAUUUUUCCUUUUUUUUUCAGUGAGACUAUUUGUACUAUCAUUUUUUUUUACUUAUUUGUACAUUUGCAUAUGCCUAUAUUCUUUCAAAACACCUUCCUGUUGAAAUCACUAACACAGGUUUUAUGUUUUAAUCUGUGCGGGUGUGAAACAAAAUAGUUGGUUGUGGGUGGCUGCUAUUGUGUGCGCAGUGGGAGAGAUUGCACUUUAAGAAUCAAAAAGGUGUCUAAAAGAUUUUUAUAUGUCAGAUUGUUUGAAGGAGUUGUUCAAAUCUUUAAUUUUCUAGCAAGGUUCAGAAUUCAGCCCAGCACACUAUGGAGCCGUGGGGCCAGACAAUGCCAUAGCUUAUAUCACUGUAAGUACGGCAUCACAGUGCUAGGUGCGCUCAUAAAGUUUCUAGUGCACUACAACAGUGUUAAAAAUAUUCCUUUUUAAACGUUUGUUUUCAUGUCUUUGUUUUCACAGCUCAGAUAAUGGUGACCAAGUAGCCCUGAACAACUUCAUACAAAGCACCUUUGUACGGAACAUCCUGUCUGCCCUAGCAUACUUUGAUAUAUGCUAGUUUGCUUUUUAGUGGCUAAUCUAAAAACUGUAACAAGAUUUCUUAUUAACAUUUUCUGAUGAACGCGGCCUUCUUUUUAUGACAGUUCAAGCCAGAAAUUGCCAUUUCAGUGCAACUGAUAAGUUUUCCUUUAAAUGUUUUAUUGAAGAACAAUCUUAAUUUUAUUUCUAGUAAUGUGGGAUUUUUAUGAACACCUGGAAAUGUCUUAACUAAAAUUUCCCAAUGAGAGAAACAUUUGGAAAUUGCACAGAAACCUUUAUAUUUAUGGGAAUAAUCAACUACUGUACAAUAUUAGCAACCACGUAUUUUGUGGUGAAAGAUCCAUAAUCUUUUCACAUUAUGUCAUCAUUUCUUGUGAAGACUCGAGCAAUAUGAUAGCAGUAAUAUCAACCAGCUACUAUUCAUGAAAAUCUUGAUUAUUGGCCUAUAGGAGAAAUUUGAAAAGGUUAAAAAGUAUUGCACUUUGUAUUGGAAGAUGUAUUCUAUAUACUGGCACUGCCCUUUUGUACAACAGACUUAAUUUAUUCUCAGGUGGACAAUAAUGAUGAAGCAGUAGUUUGUAGGCCAUAGAUCCAUUUAACCUAAUUGGUGGGGGGAGGUGUGUUCAUUCUGGUACUGUGUCAUUUAACAUUUUGUCAAUGAAACAACGUAUAUACAAGUACACUCAGAGUUCUCUCUUGUUCUGUUCAUCAAUAUGAUCGUUGGGAAAUAAACAUACACACAUUGAA